AUGGUGAAGCUGAAUAGAGCUGACUCGAAACUGAAGGCCAUAAGACAACACUGCGACGAUGAGACUGUGGUAAACAUUGAAGAAAUUAAGAAAACUGAAGACAUCGUCGAUUAUGAUGCCGUACAUUUACAGAAAAGAUAUAAACUCAAGCAACUUUUAGACAGCGAAGAAGUAGAACUUAUUAGAGAACUAGAAACUAAGCAGACUAUGACUGAAUGUGGAUAUUGUAAAGAAAGAGAAAGUAAAAUAGAAAAAUAUGAGGAAAAUAUUGAAAAGGAAAAAGAGCGUGAAUGUUUGAAAGCUCUUGAACGGGAGAAAAUAGCUAAUGGCAUGAAAUGCACAAGAGUAGAUGAGAUCGAACUGCGAAGCAUGCAGAAGUUACAGAUGUGUGAGAAAAAGUUCAUAGAACAAAGUCAGGCGGAUAUCGAUGAACUUUGGCAUCGGGUUCUUAUAAACGAUGUUAGAGCAAAGGAAGAAAAUGAACGAGCUACAGCUCAUAGGCUUAAACAAGAAAUGUGCGAGCGUCGAAUGGCUUACGAUGCGCAAAUAGCAAGCGCUAAUAGACAAAGACAAGAAACAUUGCAGACUGAAAGAGAGAUUGAGAAUAGACGUUUGGAAAUAAUGAAGAAGAAGAUGGAACAGGAUUACUAUGAUGCGAUCAAAAGGAAAAAAGAUCAGCAACUAACGAACAAACAGAACUAUAUAGACGGGUAUCAGAUGAAGUUAUCACGAAUACGAGAUGAAAAGAGACAAGAAAGAGAUAUGGAUAUGAAUGCAAUACAAAUUGCUACGGAAGAGUUACGAAGGGAGAAUCACAGGAAAUUGAACCAAAUUAAAAUGCUUAAAAGACAAGAGGAUCUUUUCGAAAAAAAUUCCAACCGUGAAAGGAUGAUACUAGACGAAUUAAAAAAAGAGACAAAUAGAAUAGCUCGUGAAUUGAAAGAACAAAGUGAAAAAGAAAAUGAUGAGUUAACCAAAAGAGUUGAAGAGGAAAAACAAAAUAAUAAAUUAAAAGCAGCUCAAGAAUACAAGUGGCACUUGGAGAAGAGAAAGCACGAGCAAGAAAUUCAAAGGCAGGAAAGAAAAGCGACAAUGGACAGAGUGAAAAGGAUAGCGUACGAUGAAUUACGUAAAAACUUGGACAGUGCUAAUGGAGAACUCAGGCGGCAGAACGAAUACAGAAAAACGUUGACCAAUCAAAUACGAGAUAACCAGGAAAUUAUGGAGCUUGAAUUAAUCGGAAUGGAAAGAAAACAACGACCGUUCACAAAAAAGGCGAUAAUGUUUAAAGAAGCGAUGGAAGAUAAGGUCGGCCAAUUAUCUACAAGCAAAAAUCCCGUUCAUCCGUUCAAGAAAAUUAUGCAAGUUCAUAAAGCCAACAACAAGAUUCCAUCUUUACCGUUUAUCAAUAAGAAUGAAUUUUAA